CUCAAACCCCCCUCCCCCUCCACCACCAGCGCUCCUCCUCGACUCGCCGCCCUCUCCAUCCAUACACAGCUUCUUCUCUCCUCCGCUCGCCGCCUGCCCAAACAAGUCCGGGCAGGGGACGGACAUGGCCGCCGCCAAGCAGCAGCCGCCGCUCUACAUUGCCGUCGCCGACGGCCGCCAGGGGAGCGGCUUCCGCUACACGCGCCCCGUCCUGCAGAGCGCGCUCCAGCUCAUGGGCUGCAAGCCACGCCACGCCUUCAAGAUCAGCAAGAGAGUGUUCGACGUGACCAGGAGCGACUUUGUAGACCCGUCGAAACUGGACGGAUCCACCACACAGCAAGACAGCAUCAAAGUCGCCGAGCUCCUCGACGCGGAGAACAUGACUAACAUACCGUUCGAGCUGUACAAGACCCAGACCACUGCUGUUGUUUCCAGGGAAGAGUUCCUGGAUGUCGUGUGCGACGCCCUCACCUUGUACAAGUACGUCGGGCCCAAUCAGAGAGCCGACCUGCUCCUUGCCUGCAGGAUAAAGGAGAGGAAAGAAUCGGUGACAGUACUCUUGUGUGGCACGAGUGGAUGCGGCAAGUCCACUCUAUCAUCCUUGUUGGGUAACAGGUUGGGUAUCACAACCGUGGUUUCUACCGAUUCUAUACGGCACAUGAUGAGGAGUUUCGUAGAAGAGAGAGAAAACCCUCUGCUCUACGCGUCAACCUACCACGCAGGAGAUUAUCUAGACCCUGUUGCGGUUGCCCAAGCUAAGGCGAAAAGCAAGGCAAAUAAACUCGCUGCUAUUUCUCAUUCAAAUGCCGAUGCAGACAAAGAUGAUGGCACUUCAGAUGACAAGUGUAACGGCACAUCCUCAGACCUGCCCCCUAGAACCGAAGCUCCCAGCAAAAAGAAGAUGGCCAUAGAAGGGUACAAAGCGCAGAGCGAGAUGAUCAUUGGCAGCCUUGACAGAUUAAUUACGACCUGGGAGGAGCGGAAGGAAUCUUUAAUCGUAGAAGGGGUUCAUUUAAGCCUGAAUUUUGUGAUGGGCCUGAUGAAGAAACAUCCCUCCGUGAUACCGUUUAUGGUAUACAUUACCAACGAGGAGAAGCACAUGGAACGGUUUGCAGUCCGUGCAAAGUACAUGACGCUUGAUCCAGCAAAGAACAGGUACGUCAAAUACAUCCAGAACAUCAGAGCAAUCCAGGAAUACCUCUGCAACCGGGCCGACAAGCAUCGUGUGCCGAAGAUCAACAACACCAACGUGGACCGAAGCGUGGCUGCCAUACACGCCACGGUUUUCAGCUGCCUUCGCCGGCGGGAGGCGGGGGAGCAGUUUUAUGACCCACAUACAAACACUGCAGGUAUGGUGGAUGAAGAGUACAGGAACCAGUGCGCCGCAAACUCGUUGAGUUCCAAGGGAAUGUUUCAGCUGAUUCAGAGGAAGGGGUCUUCUAGGAAUCUGAUGGCUCUGCUUAACACCGAUGGUUCCGUUGCUAAGGCGUGGCCUGUUGAUGCCGGCGACAGCGGUGGAAACGUAAAUGACGGCACGGGCAGUGACAAGUCGGUUGGAAGUCCUAUGUAUGGCCCGCUGCAAAUUGGGAAGGCAGAGCCUGUCAAUCUUCAGUUUGGCUAUUUUGGGAUUAGCGCGUGGCCAAGUGAUACCGGAUGCACCAGUCAUGCUGGGAGCGCCGAUGACUCCAAGGCUGAUGGCACGGAUACAGGGAGUAGGUAUUUAUCCUCGUGUUGCAGCACACCAAAGAUGUCAGAUGAUAAUUCCAAAGAGAUACAGCUUGGGGAUGAGUAUUCAGUGUUCGACAGCGAGGAAGAAGCAGAGGAAAUCGAUGCUGGUGAUGCAGAGACUGAUGACGAUGAACUAACUGACGAAGAAAAGGAUAUUCAGGAGAUGGAGGAAGCAGGGUCAGUGGACGAGCAGUCGACCAAGUCGGACGAGGAGUACGACGACCUGGCCAUGAGAGAAAACGGCUACUGUUCCAAUGAUGAGCGGCUGACCACCCUGGUGAAGCAGCCCCUCGCCCUGGGCGCAGGAGGCGGCGAUGACGAUAACGCCAUGAAGAAGGCUGACAACAACCUGAACCAGUUCCUGGAGAUGGGAAACGACGGCGGCGCAGAGAUGCCAUGCGCCCACCCUCUGGCAAUGAACGGCGGGAACCGGGGCUGCGACGCCAAGGCGAGGCGACGAUGGGCACUCGACCUGGAAGGGCUGUUGUAGUGUAGCAGCCCACUGCCAUCAUCCUCACCUGAGCUUGAGUUAAGCUAGAUAGAUAGAUAGAUAGAUAGAUAGAUAGCUAUCUAGCUGUGUUGUUGUUCUUCUUCUUGUUGUGGUAUGAGAUGGUUGCAAGUAGCACCCCCAUCAUAUGUUGUUGUUGUAUUAGUUUCUGAGAUGAAGUAGAUCAGGAUAGACCA